CCUUGAAUGCGUUUGUGUAGGCACAAAAUGUAAUACGUACAAAAUAGUAGCUGGUUAAAAACCAAUUUUAACCUGCAAAUAGGGUUAAAUCUGACUCAAGAAAAUCUUAAAUAGGUUAUCAAAAAUAAAUAGGUCGAGUUAAAGUUAUCAUAGUUGUGAACAUGGCUGUUAUUUGCGAAUAGAUUGGCGGGAAAGUGCGUCUCAAGAUUUAGAAAGUUGCAGUAUAAAUUAGUAGGAUAAUAAAUGAUCAACUGGUGAUGGACAAUGAGAAGCCAAAAUUCUUCUUCAAAACAAUUACCGAUUACGGACCUAAAGGAGUAGUUUACCAUUUUCCAAAAGAAGUCCUCAUCAUCGCCGUCAUAGUUCUAAUCAUAUGCGUGACAGCGGAUAUUUUAAUAGUAUUCACUAUAUUCAAAAGAAAAACGUUACAUUCCAGACCUUACACAUACGUAGCGCACUUGUGCAUUUGUAACAUUUUAACUGUAUUACAUAUUUAUAAUAUACUAUUGUUAAAUCCUAAAGUUAAAUUUACAUGUUCAUGGGAAGAAACAAUUUACAUCUAUACAUACUUUAUUUUUAUAACUGGCAAUGAACUUUUUAUUUGCGUCCUCAUUAUAGAUUGGUACAUCCUCGUUUUUGACCCCCAGAAAAAUUCUUCAUUCAGAUUCGGUAAAUCUUUUAUAGUCUGGUUUGUUAUAAUCAUCUUCAUUUUUUAUACACUGUCAGUAUGCACGUUUCAUAGAUUUAUGCUAAACAUCAGCAUUGCUGUUUACGUAAUUACAUACUUCGUUAGUUUAAUCAUUGUGAUUAUUAUUUAUGUAUUAAGAUUAACGCAACUGAAACCUUUUGCUGAAAUACUAGAACAGAGCAAAUUAGAAUUCAGGGUGGUAUUCCCUUUUUUCGUAUGUUGGUUUUUAAACGUCUCGUUACUGUUAAUAGAUAUGAACUUUAAAAUAUCAGGUAGACGAAACGAGGAGAUAACACCUUAUCUUUUAUAUCAAAUCUCUAUUUUCGUUGGAUUCAGUUAUUCAUUAGUUCUGCUUGGUAUAUUGUGUAAAUGUGAUAGCAAUUUUAAUAAGAGUAUCAGAUCUUUGUUUAAUUGUACCACGGAACAGGCUAAUAACGACGAAAAUCAUUUUGAAUUACCGCAGAUAAUUUAAAUAUUAAUUUUUUAAUUACUACAUAUUACUACAUCUUUUAAUUGUAACUAACUUCCUCUAAGACUAUUUACAAUACCUGAAACUUCUCGCAUCUUGUCUCAUAAAGGGCACCCAUAUAUCCAUUUGCCACUGUUACCAAAAAUACUCUAUAACGGACCUAAUCUACAUAUCGAAUCUAGAUUUAAUAAGCUUAGAAAUGUAUUGUGAAAUGCAGAAUUAAACAUUUCUGUCUGAAUGAGCCAAAUCCAUUUGUUUGCCAAAUCUGUGACUAAUAGAAAGGAGAUAUAAUCCUUGAAAUUUCUGUUUUAUAAUAAUCAAUUAUAAUGCCCUGUUUAGUAUUCUGAAUCAGAAUUUUUAUUGAUACUAUUUUAAGUGUUUAUACUGUUUAUAAAUUGUUGUGUAUGUUAUUGCGAAAAAUUUGACACAGUAUUCUUUUCCCAGCCUCAAUUUGACAAUUAUUGUAUCAACUUGAACAUGAAUAAAAGCUGCAAUUAAACAAAUAUAGUACUUUAUAAAAUUAAUAUAAACAUAUUAACAUAUAGGUAAUUCAGGUGUAUUUUCUUUUUCUCGUUGACCAUAAUGUUGUAGUAGCAAUAAGCAAAAUAGACAUGAUUAUCUAAAUAAUUAAAUGAUUUUCUCUGUUUUGAAGAAUUUACUCACCGAGUGCUUUCAAAUUAUGUGAUGGCUUGUUAAUGUGAUACGGUGUAAUACCCAAGUUUGGUGAAAUUUUUUAAAAAAAAUUAUUUAAAUACAAAAAAAAUAUGUAUAACUUUAAUGACUGAUUUUAUUAAUUUUAAGAAUACACUCUAACAAAAUUUAUU